UCCUUCUCUGAAAAACAAGUUUUGCUUCUUGUCAAACUGGCAGCGACAUACAUGACAUGACUACUAAUUAUAAUUAGCGUACACUAUAAAAAAUUAUGUGUGCACCUCAUGUACUAUAGACCGUCGAUCUAGAUCUACUUGCAUGAAACCGGUGUACUCAAGCAAGCCUUUUUGAUUCGAAACCUUCACUACAUGCAGACGAUCUACAAAAAUGGUGUUUGAGUCAGUGAUUUUGGAUAUCCUCAACAAGUACCUCAAGCCAUAUGUGAAAAGAUUAGACUCUUCGCAACUUAAUCUGUCUGUAUGGAAAGGAGAUGUACGUGUAGAGAACCUGGAGUUGAAAGAGGACCUCUUUGCUGUGGCUGACCUUGAUGUACCUCUGCGUAUCUUAAGGAGCUAUGUCGGCAAACUAGAGGCUCACAUUCCCUGGAAGAGCUUGACCAAGGAACCCAUUGAGAUCACAAUCGAUGAGGUGUACGUUAUCCUGGGCCCCGAUCUAGACACAAGGUACAACCCUGAGAGGGACUUGGCGAGACAAAGAAAGGAAAAAACAAAAAAGAUCGAAGAGUAUCGGGACGCUCUCAAGAAGAAGAAAAAGAAAUUGAAAGAUGCCAAAAAGGACAAAAAAAAGAAAAAGGACUCUGGCAAACCGGACACAUUCACUGAGAAGCUGAUAGUGCACAUUACCAAGAAUCUUCGGGUCAAAAUUCGUGACGUUCAUGUCCGCUUUGAAGAUCAUGUGACCAAUCCCUCCACCAUGCUGGCAGCCGGGGUCACCCUACACAGCAUAAAUCUGAAGAGCACUGAUAGUAACUGGGUGCCUGGCGUGGUGAGAGAGACUGCCACCCUCAUCUACAAGCUGAUAGAGAUGAACUGCCUGGGGCUGUACCUGAAUACGUCUGACGUGUCAUCGUUUGCAUCUCCUGACCUUUCCACCAAGCAGAUGAUUGAUGCCAUGAGAGAUUUAAUAGCAAGACCAGCUGUGCCCCUGCCACUCACCAACUCUUAUUUGCUCAACCCGAUGUCAGCUGUUGCUAAACUGAAGCUCAACCUCAAGCCCGGCGUUGACCUCUCCCUACCUCAGCUGUUAAUGGGCCUUGAGUGUGAGGACAUUGUGUUCUCCUUGCAUCAGUCACAGAUGAAGGCUCUACUACUGACCGUGGAAUCAUUUGACCGUCACAUGGUCAACCAGAAGUUCCUCAAGUAUAAGCCCCUUAAGGGUGUGAGUAAGGACCCAAGGGCGUGGUGGAGGUACGCCAUUUCUGCCGUGUUGGAGGAGGACGUCAUGAGGAAGACCAAGAUGUGGUCAUGGAAACACAUCAAGAAGCAUAGGGAGACUGUGAAGCUUUAUGUUGAGAAGUACCGUGAGAAGACUCACUCCAUCAACCCCUCCUCCUCACUGCUCACCACGAUACAGGAAUUGGAAGACCAACUUGACUGGUUCAACAUUCUGGUAUACAGGAAAAAGAAAAAGAAAGAGAAAUCAAAAGACAUUUCCUCUUACGAAGUACUUCACAUGGACCUUUCCAAGACCACAAGCACCCCUAUAGGCUUGCAUCCCCUCACCACACCUGGUCUAAGCAGCCCUAGCAUGCCGAGCGUACUACCUGCCCCUAAAAAGGUAGACACGAGUAUGACCACACACCUACCAAAAAGUGGUGCAUCUGGUAUUGGACCCACCAAACCCCCCACACAUCCUCUCCUUGCUGAUGACUCUAAAAGAGGGACUGAGCUCAGUAAUCAGAGCAAGAAGCCCAAAGAUAAGGAUGUGAUGUUGACUCGAAAAGAUACAGAAACGAGUACGACUACAUACACAUCAAAAAGUGGUGCCUCUGAUAUUGGGCCCUCCAAAAACCCCACACACCCUCUCCCUGCCAGUGAGUCUAGAAAGGUGGUUGAGUCCAGUCAGAGCAAAAAAGCCAAAGACAAAGAUGGCAGUGAGAAGAAGGGAAACAUUUUCUCACGAUGGAGACAAAAGCAUAAAUCAUCGGAUAAACAGGAAAAUGCAAGUGCAGGAGCUGGAGUGGCAGUGUCGGCUGCUGAAGAAGAAUUUGAGAUGGGUAUAGAAGAGACAAUACCAGAGACUGUUCCAGAGAUGACACCAGAGAAGAUACCAGAGAAGAGUACAUGGGCCAAGACAGUACCAAAGACUGUUCCAGAGAAGAUACCAGAGAAGAGUACAUGGGCCAAGACAGUACCAAAGACUGUUUCAGAGAAGGCACCAGAGAAGAUACCAGAAAAUAUACCAGAGAAGAUUAUAGGGACCAAGAAGAGCAAGAGCAUGGAGGAAGAGAAAGUAUUGUCAGUGUCAGCUCAGGAAGAUGACAAGGGCAGACAAGAGUUGUACCAGGCCAUCGGCUACUCUCCUGAUGAAGAGUACAUCGAGUACCCCAAAGAUUUUGUGGCCCAUGAGAUUCAUGUGGUGUUCAGCACUGUCACGUUGGAACUCUAUGGCCAGAAACAGAAAGUUGGCACACUGGUGACUGAGAGGAUCAAGUUUGAUGUGCAGAACAGACCUAGCUCAGAUUCUGUCAGUGUGCGAGCCUCUGUGGGCACACUGGAGAUGGAGGGUGUGCCCAAUGGUAACAACCGUACCACCAUGAUUACCUCCAAACUGGUUUCGAAAGACACUGAUGCAACACUGGUCAAUUUGGCGCUUGAGAUCAACCCACUCGAUAGGCCUGAGAUGGAUAUUACUGUCAACGCUGUCCUUAAACCACUGCAGAUUACCUAUGACUUUGCUACUGUGGAAGGGCUCGUUGAAAUGUUUAGACCUCCAAAUCAACUCCACUUCCAAGAGUUAACAAAUGCAGCGUCGGCGUCGUGGGAGCAACUCAAGCUCCAGACGACCGCUGGUCUCCAGGGUGCACUUCAAAACAGGAAACAAUUGGACCUGGACAUCCGACUGCACUCCCCUUACCUCAUAAUGCCUGAGGGAGGCACCUACUCAGAGCAGUCUCACUUGGUUGUCGUGGAUCUGGGAGAGCUGAGAGUGUUCGGGACCACCAAAGACCCUAAGCAGCUACCUAAGAAAUUGUCUGGUACUGAUGACUUUAGUGACUAUUAUGACAAGUUCUCCGUGAAUCUUGCUGGGAUGCAAGUGCUGGUCGCCAAACCAGAAGAGGACUGGCGUGGUGCCAUGGCGAGUGGGUCCUCUCCCCUCCAUAUCAUUGCGCCCACCGGGUUUGAGAUACAGCUGCUCAAGAGUAUGAUCAUGGACGAUGCCCUCCUGGCCACCAUGAGGGUGGAGGGGACCAUUCCUGGCUUUGAGAUCAACCUCUCAGACACCCAAGUUGCUACACUUGUCAAGACUAUUGGCUCUCAGAAAAUACCUCCAUCACUGAUCAAUAGAGGCAUGGAGUAUAGCCAACUGCCACCAAGGCCAGGGUCAAAGCUAGUGCUGGAUAAUGCAACACAACUGGUGGACAAUAUGUCUCUGAUGUCCAUGUCCAGCUUUGGAGAUGACGAGGAGGAGGAGAGUACUGAGUACUCCAUUGCACCACAUCAAACUACGAAUCAAGACAUGUCCAGAAAUGUGUUUAAAGAUGUCUCCAUCAAGCUGAUCCUCAACAAGGUUGCAGUCAAGUUAUCCCAGACCACACAGAAGGGUGAGAAGGGCGUGAUUAGCCAAUCUCCCCUGCUGGACAUUCUCAUCAGUGACAUACGGACAGACAUAGAGGAUAGGAAGUGGGACACACAGGGUAGUGUCACCAUGAAAGAGGUAGCCAUCCUAGACCACAUCACAACAGAUGGCACCGGUAGGCCCACCUACUUGUUAAAGACUAAGUAUCUCCAUGAUGGGAAUUGCGUAUCAGCAAGAUUUGUAGCGGUGGCCCCUGUUGGUACUGACUUUGCUGCCAAGUACACUGGUCUGAAGGACUCCGUGUCAGCUCAGCUCUCACUGGUCAAGUUGAUACUGCACCGCUCCACUAUCAAGACCAUUAUCGAGUACUUCAACACUCUACAGCCAGUCCUUAAUAGCCUCAGCUCCUCUGAUGAACCAGACAGUCCAUUGGGAUUGGAGAUUGUCAAUAAAUCAGAAACCUUCCCCACUCCUGCUACAGGUGUAGUCAAUCUGAACGACUUCAAGCAGCCUGUCACAAAUGAGUUCCAUUACGAUGUGCAGUUUGGAGGGAUUGAUAUUGUGUUAGUACAGGACGGGAAGGAGUUCCUUGAUAUGGGACUAACAGGGUUCUCUGUGAAAGGUUCGGCUCAACCAGAAACAGUCACCGUUGUGGCAAGCAUCAAGGACCUCACGGUGAUUGAUCCUUCAAUUGCUUCAAGUGCCACUACUAUCAUAUCCAAAACGGACAAAGAGAGAAACUUCAUCCUGCUUAAUGUGGUCCAGUACAAUCUGGCAGCCCACGAAAGAGACCCCCAUGAGUUGGACUGGGUGGACACCUCCCUCAAGGCAGAGGUCAACAGGGUCAACGUCAGCUUCAACCCAACCUUCAUGAGCAAUGUGCUAGAGUUCGUGAAGCAACUGGAGAUUAACAAAUCUUCCUAUGCCGGUGCUGCCAAGGCAACUGUUGAAACUGCUACUGCCACUGCCAAUGCGAUCAUAGAAAGCACCAAGAUGGCUCACAGACUGAAGUUGGACCUCACCCUGCAUGCCCCUGUGUUGGAGCUGCCCUUCACCACAGAAACCAGACAAGGCAGUAUCUUCAUCGACCUCGGGGAGUUCAGAAUGUCCAAUCAUCUGAAACACGGCCACGACAUCCAUCGUGAGUCCAUGGAUAGUGCCACAACUGAUACCCUAACUUUGUUGGGAGCUCCGACAGUACUUGAUUGUAUGCGGAUGGAGACAACAAGCGUUCAAAUAUUUAGGAGGUCUCACGCUGCGGUGGCUGAGUGUACAGUCAGGGAACAGUGUGACUAUGAGGAGUCCAAUAGUGUCAUAUUGGAGCCACUGCGACUCAUUGUUGACAUGACUCGUAACAUCACUUUGCCCACCAAAGCAUUCCCAAAUGUGGACAUCAGCCUCAGUCUUGACGCCAUUAAGCUCCAUAUGCAUGAGGAAGAUGUCCACGCCCUAAUCAUGCUGGGUGUGGCAGCCUCCAGGAUAUCGGAGGUGGUAGCCACACACCCUGAACCUGUCACCACUACUUCUUUCAGAUCAAAGGGUGACGAUCUCUCUGCUAUCGAACAACAGAAGUUAAGAACUAGUAGAGCAGCAUCCAAACUGAAGCGGUUUCACAAGAAGGAGGAUGUGACUGAAUUAAGAGUGGAGACCAAACUGGAUUUUGUGGCCUUCGACCUUACCACCAAUUACGGACCACUACUACAAGCUAGAGUAACUGGUUUAUGUACCAAGGUCGAUGUGCUGAAGAAUAAAGUACUUGUUUCUGGAAGUACGACUGGUUUGAGUGUUGUGGACCUGUCGACACCCCCUGGGGCCUACUCCCAGGUGGUCUCUAUGGUUGACCAGAGUGAGAUAGUCUCCUCGCUCCAACUAACAAUCUACAUCGAGGACAGCCAAAAACCUUUCUCACCUCUCGGCAAGCUCCAAGCCAACGUCUCUCAGAUACAGCUCUACAUCCCUGUGCCCUUUGUUAUCAGUACAGUGAUGUUUGUGCAGCGACUGGGAAUAGACAAGGCUAUGCUAGAGACUGCCUCCAAGACAGCUCAGGACGGAGCCACUGCAGUCACUACUGCUGCUCGAGAUAAGUUCCUCGUGGUGGACGUGAAGGUGCAAGCACCGGUGCUGAUAGUUCCCACCAGUCAGGAGGCUACUCAAGGACUCAUGGUGGACUUGGGUUCACUCUCCAUUCAGAACACACUUUUAGCCCCGGCUGAUAAUGUGGGGGUGGAUGCUUACGGCUUCACUCUCUCGUCAUUCAAGAUAUCCAGAGUCCUAUUGGAUCCCAGUGUGGUGGUGGGUUGUCCGGUGCUGGCCGAGCGCACGCUCCUCCAACCAUUCGACCUCCUCCUGGCAGUGGAGCGUAACCUGUGCCCCUGGUACACUAAGAUACCCACUGUCAACAUCAACCUGAACAUGAAAGAUCUCAAGAUUUAUUUUGGCUCUGAAGACAUGAAGGAAUUUUUUGCAUUUGGAAUGAGCAUUAGUGAUCAAAUAUCUUGUCUACUACCUGAUGCUCAACCUGUUGAAGAGGCAGACAGUUUGUCCAGUAGUGAUUCAUCAGCCUUGUCUAACACUGCUAUAUCAGCAGAAAGUUCUCGAGCAGAUUCUGAGGCUGCCCCAUUUGAGUUCCUCAGGGUAUUUUCCUCUCUUACCGGGAUUGAGAUCAAACUCUUUAGGGAUGAACCCAAACUGAGUUCCAGUGAUGUAGUGUCCCAAAGCUUUUCAGAGAUGGAGGACUAUGCUUUUACCUCACUGCAAUUUGUUACCAUGGAAGCGAGUGUUAACGUGUCUUCCAACAAUGAAGUAAAUCUGAAGGCAUCCAUGAAAGACAUUGCUCUCUGUAACAUGCAGAAAGAGAAACAAGACAGGAUAACUGGGAACCGUGUUAUCCAGCACUACACCAGCAACCCACUCAAAGCGUACACUGGACAGAUUGACAAGCCAAUAGUCAGCAUUCAGUAUGUUCUCAGGGACGAGCAUCACAUCAUAACUGUCAAGGCUGAGAAGCUGCUUGUUCUGAGUGAUUUGGAGUUUAUGAAGACAAUGUCAGACUACUUCACUGCUGCAUUUGACCCAAACAAGAACAAGAAAGACUCAACUAAAGACACAGAAAAUGCUGACUUAGACAAAACUCUCACUAAAGACACCAAACCCAAACUAGUCAAGCAAGACACUAUAUUGGCUAAGAAACAGAAAAAAACUGCUCCUUUGCUCAAAAUUAAAGUGAAUGCAUCAAUUAAGGAUCUUCGAGUGGCACUCAUUGAGAACGUUGACACACCACAACCUCAAGCUCUUACACUCAAACUGUCCACUGAGGUACACAUGCAGCUGACGGAGACGUCCAAGUUUGUGGACCUGAGUGUAGUUGACUUAGGGAUAGCCACCAGCAGCUUCUUUGACCUGGACAACACCACUUCCUGGGUACUCCUCCCGUGCUCAAUGUUCCUACUGCUGACUGGACCAGUGGACAAGCCAGCCAUGAAUAUCCAAGUUUCAGUGGACCCCGUCUGUCUUACUCUCUCACCAGCUAUUAUCCGUCUCAUUAUACACGCUGUGCAGACACUCAUGCCAAAGCAGGAGGAGAUUGUUAUACCCACACCCACUGAUCUCUGGGAGAAGAAGCUAGUCAGUGAAUCCAGUCUUUGGUUCUUCUCACCAGUCAAGCCGCACAAGGCCAUCUCCGACCUCACUGACACUGAGGUCAAGGGAGAAAUGCUAACUGUGACCAUAGAGUCAGUGGAGGUGUACCUGGAGAGUGAGAGUGUGGACAGCUCCCCUGGUUACCCGGUGCUCGCACUGACAGUCUCUGCUGUACUAGAACUCGCUGAAUGGACCGGGCAGCUUUUCUUGGCUGGCGAUCUACAGUGUGAGGCGUCCUACUACAAUCAGACAGUGUCCGUGUGGGAGCCACUUAUUGAGCCACUCGAGACAGACAAUCAGGGCGAGCAGAGGCUCUGGGGUUUCAGUGUCAAGAUGAAUAAGAAGUCUUCCAGUGGUCGUGAAGUGAGUGUUGCUGGCGAUGCCUUGGAAGAGAAGCCUCAGUUCUCACUGGAGCUGGCAUCCGUGUUGCCACUCCAAGUCACUCUCACUAAGACAUCUUUGGAACUCAUCAAGACUGUAGUAGAAUCGUGCUCCAGGGAGUAUGGAAAGCAGGUCCAGGGAAGUGUCGAUGUGGACUCGCUGAUUGGAGCUCCAUUCACGCUGGUCAACAAGCUUGGAAAAGAUUUUGUGCUGCUUCUACAACCAGGCCCAGAACUAAAAUUUCGAGAGAGGGUAGAGUCCUCCAAACUAAACUUUGGUGAGAGUGUGAACAUGUACCUCAAGAAUGAUGUGAAGAAGAGGUCGUAUGCCUCUCUUGUCACUCAGACGAAAAGAGAGACUCCAACUGUUGACAUCUCUGUUGAAGAUAAGUUCUGCCUCAUCAAGAACAUUGCCCUCGACAUCCCAGGAGAGUUUUACUAUACUCUCAUACCUAAACCAGAAUUUGUAGAUUCUAUGGCUACAUGUGGGUUAGUUAUUGAGGUUGCUGUUACCGGAGUGAAGAAAACUAUCACAGCCAGGUCCUCUGUUCAGUUUAAAAACCAGCUGCUAAUAGCUGUGGAUGUGUUGCUAGUCAACCCUGAAAAGAGUGAGAGUUCAUCCGAAGUGCUGACAGCACUCAAACCCAAUGACACAUUCUCAGUGCCCCUCCAUCGUGCAGCCAACUCAGAGUAUUAUGUCAGACCAUCAGGAUUGAAGUUUCAGUCUGAGGGUCCUCCUCUAUCCUGGAGGAAGUCUAAACAUGGAGACAAGGUCAACCUUAAGUGUGUCCUCUCCUCGUCUGACCCAUACUACAUCCGUGUGAAUCGCACUGAGGAGUGUUACAAGAUCAAGAGGCAAUUGCCGCAGGACGAUUUCGCUCAUCACAUAUUUCAUCUACAUCCUCCUCUCGUCAUUCACAACCUCUUGCCCCUGCACCUCUACUUUGGCAACCCAUCUCGCGGUAUUGAGCCUGGCAAGAGUGAUCACAUCCACUAUGUUAACCUGGACAAGGAGCAGGAGAUGUCGGCCAUGGUCAAUACGAAACAAGGCUCCUGUCUCCAAGGGAAGUUUAUGCUUAAGUGUCGGUCCAGUUACAUCAACUUUCUCGUUGCUGAGAAAAAUACAGCUGUGGAGCUGACUGUGCACAUUGAGGAUGAGUCGUACCUUAAGCUGGGGGUGUUCUGUCCCUUUUGGAUGGUCAACAAAACAGACCUCAACCUUGUCUACAAGGAAGGAGACAAAGUCACUAAUCAUCCAGCAGGCAAUGACGUUAUCCUCUUGUCCACAAACAACAAAAAAAACAAGAUCCAACUGUGUGCUGUCAUGGCCAAUGGUAGUCGGACAGAGCCCUCCAAGUCCUUCUCUCUGAGUACCAUUGGCAGUAGUGGAACAUUUUCCUGCAAACUGGGGGGGAAAAACUACAAGUUUGGGGUUGAGAUCCGGCUAUCCCAGUUCACUCUCACCAAGUUGGUCAUUGUGACUCCCUACUACCUACUCGUGAAUGAGACGAAGCUUUCAUUGCAAGUGUACGAGGAGAGCACCCCCGCAAAUAAGACCACCAUACCUCCUGAGGAGGUCAUUCCCUUCUGGCCCUUCAUCCCCAGCAACAAGUUGGUCGCUGUGGUGACCAAUAGUGAAAAGGGGGAGGCUUGCUCUGCCCCCUUUAAUUAUGAUCGUUCAGAUUUUACAGUGGUACAGUACAGCAGAAACAGUGAGGUGUCUGCCCUGUGUCUGGAGGUGCAGGAGUCGGAGUCUGCCACUGUGGUCACCUUCAGCCCCUACUAUCCCGGCUGUGUCCCAGUGCAGAUCAUCAACCACUUCACUGACGUUACUCUUCAGUUUAAACAAGACACAAAGAGUCCCCUGGCCAUACUGCACACUCUUCAGCCGAGAGAGAUGAUGUACUUCACCUGGGAUGAUCCAUCGGGUAAGAAAGCUAUCAGAUGGAACUUUCCUGAAAUGGCCAAGGUCACCAACUGCAAGCCUAUCGAUGUUAACAAGGACUCCCAGCAAUCUUACAACUUCAAGUUCCUUGGCCAAGCUUCCACUAGGAACAUCAUCUCUGGAAUCUUCAGGAAGGGAAGCAAGCAGUCACUGUCAGGUGUCACUACCCCGCCACCUGUUAAAGGUGUGGACAAGAGCCUGUUUGAGCAAUUGGCCUCCCCACAGGAUGAAAAUGUUACAGAGAUCAUUGAUGGCAGCAAAGGGGUAAACAGGGGCUAUUGGAAGUCAUUUAGUAACGGCCUCCAGAGAGUGAUCAUUUUCACCUCCGAUGAAGGUGUGCUGGAGCGUAUCAGAGCAGAGAACUCCUACUCCGUGCCAUUGUUCGAGGCUUCUUUGUCCCUCAGAUCCAUCGGCCUCUCUCUGGUCGACAAUGACAAGAGAAGGGAACUGGCAUACAUUGCUAUCACUCAAUCAGGGUUCAUCUGGCAGAUCAACAGGGGCAAAGGGCGGUGGACAACUGUCACCACCUCUCUCAUUGAAGUACUUGAGCUGGCGUAUCAAUCAAAGGAGAUGGACAUUAAAGAAACUAACCUGCUGAUAGACAUGGAGGCAAUGGAGAUGUAUAGUCCGAUUAAAGGCAAGCUGAGAAGAACCAAUCACGAUGGGUUGUUUGUCAAGUUCUCGCUCUCAGAGAAAGACUACUCUGUGCAUGCAAAGAUUGGCUAUGUUCAGGUCGAUAACCAGCUGCCAUUUUCUGUGUACCCGCAAGUGAUGUACCCCUUACCACCACCACCAACUGUUGCCUCAACAACUGAGCCCAAGCCUUUCGUUGAAGCCAGUCUCAUCUUGAGGAAAAAUGACCAAUCCAAUGGAUACCACUUUAAGUAUGUGCAUGUGCUGGUCCAAAAGAUGGCAGUAAAUGUGGAUCUGGGAUUUAUUCUCUCUCUCGUUGACUUUUUCUCUCUGAAUGGAAGUGAUCCACUCUUCCAAACUGAGUUUGUUGAAGGUGAUAUCGAGUAUGUGAAAAAGUCUCUCAAAGAAACUGUAGUCCCUGAGCUGGCAGAAGAUUUCACUAUAAGCAGGAGCUUCUUUGAUGUUCUACACUUGGCUCCUAUAAAGGUGACUCUAAGUUUCAACAUUCGCAGUGUGGGUCAAAACAAGGCUGAGACCGAGAUCACUACUGGAGACAAGCUCCUUGAGCUUUUCCUCCACUCUAUCGGAGUCAUUCUGACCUCUGUUCAAGAAACUGAAAUGAAAUUCAGUGUCUUCCAUCUUGAGUACCAACCCCAAACUGGUCAUGGACUGACCAAUCUUCUCUUGAAGCACUAUCGCAACCAGCUUCUCUUUCAACUGCACACACUCAUCUUUGGCUUGGAUGUGCUCGGUAAUCCAGUGUCUGUGGUGAGGGGUGUUGUGGAUGGUGCUAUCGACCUCUUCUAUGAACCCAUCAAGGGAAGUGUUCUUGGUCCUAAAGAGUUCUUUGAAGGUCUCAGCCUGGGUUUGAGAAGCUUCUUUGGUGCUGGAGUAGUAGGUGGCAUCACAGGAGCAAGUUCUCGCAUCACUGGUUCUGUGGGAGAUGUGUUGUCGAAACUCACGUUUGAUGCCGAAUUUAUCAACAAGAGGCAACAGCAGAAAGCAAAACCACCCAAAAUAGGAAGCAAGUUAGGAGGCUUUGCUAAGAAUGUAUUCGAGGGUGUAACUGGAGUAGUAACUCAACCUGUGAAAGGGCUUCAGAAAGAAGGUGCCAUUGGUCUACUUCAAGGCACUGGGCGUGGUCUGGUGGGGCUAAUCACUAGGCCUACAGGCGGGCUUAUGGAUCUGGCAAGUGGAACACUUGACUUUGUCACAAGGAAAACACAGAUUGGUAACUUCGAGAUAUCAGAUAUCAGACCAACAAGAUUUAUAGGGAGGAGUGGAAUUGUGAUGCCCUUCUCUCCACAUAAAGCAAUAGGAACAGCAUUGCUUAUGGGACUUGAUGACGGAAAACUCGUAAAAACCGACUUCUAUUUUGGGCAUGUAGAAAUUUCCAAAAGUCCCCUGAAAUUUGUGCUUGUUACUGAUAGGCGAUUCACUGUGAUUGAGAGAAGAAUUCUCACAGAAGGAUGGAAGUCUUCUCAACAUGCCAUCUUUGAGUUCAUGUCGAAACCUGUUGAAUACAAAGAUCUAAAUGUUGUGGUUAGCUACAAUCCAAAGUACAAGGACAACAAGUUGAAUUCUUUGGCUUUGUCUUCAGAAAAACUUGCUAGUGAGGUUGCUCACACUGUGAACAAUGGCUAUCUUUCUUUCGUUAACGAGAACUGAGCAGUAAAUUUAAUCUAAAAUUUAGAAGCUAGUUAUGUUUUGUAAUGCUAUUUUUACAAUGAAUUACUUAUAGUAAUAGUGAAA